AUGGAACAUAAUCUGCACAACAAUACGCCAGCACAUUGGGGCUACGGAGUUACUCCGGUGCCAACUACGCCGCAGACCCAUUGGGCUCCGCCGCCACAGAGUCAUGGCUUGAAACGCGCCCUGUCCGAAAGUGAUUGUGAUGAUCUGUAUUCCGAGGAGUCCUCGAAGGAGCAAAUAUCGCCCAGUGAGCCGGGAAGCUGCCAACUAUUAACCCGUAAGAAACGACGAGGUGUAAUCGAGAAAAAGCGACGGGAUCGCAUAAAUUCUUCACUCACCGAGUUAAAACGCCUCGUGCCUUCAGCUUAUGAAAAGCAGGGAUCUGCUAAACUGGAAAAGGCAGAAAUCCUCCAACUGACCGUGGAACACUUAAAAAAUAUACAAACAAAAGGUAUUGAAUCGUUCAGCUAUGAUCCUCAGCGCUUUGCCAUGGACUAUCAUAUUAUCGGUUUUCGAGAGUGCGCUGCUGAAGUGGCGCGCUACUUAGUGACCAUAGAGGGCAUGGACAUACAGGAUCCGCUGCGCUUACGCCUAAUGUCGCACUUGCAGUAUUUUGCUCAACAACGCGAGCUAUCGGUGAAAAGUUGUGGCAGCCCAGGUGGUUGGACUACUGCACCGGUAACUGGUGGAUAUCAGCCGAACUGUGCUGCUGCCCCAUAUCAAACCUAUGCAAGCGCAACUGCUGCGCACUCGACUAUCAAUCCUGCUUACAUGGCCGCACCACUACAUCCUUAUCCUACGCUGAGCACCUCACCGACCAGCACCUCUCAUCUGCAUGCGCACCAUCAUCAGCAGCAGCAGCAACAACAACAGUUGCAGCAACAGCAAGCAGCACCAGUGCAGGUUAAUCGCACUUCUUCCGCCUCUGGCACAGUGCCAAGUGAAGCAAUGCCACCGAUUAGCCACUCAACAAGCCAACAACAAAAUCCUCAACAACAACAGCAACAGCAACAGCCGCACUCUACGCAAUCAACAACGUCACACGUGCAACAAGCGCCCGUGCCACAUGAAGCACACCAUCAACAGCAGCAACCGACACAAGCGCAAGCACAACCUCAGCACUACACACAAGAGCGUACACAUCCCGAUCAACAGGGUCAAGUCAAUUACGCCGACUUGUCCAACUCGCAGGUUCAUGCCGACCUACGAAAUCCCACGGCGGCCAUUGCCACAACCGACUUGAACUACAGCGGCACAACUCAUUACCCAGUUGCAGGUGCGCAGGAAUACAAUGCCAAUUACGUUGCAGCAAACGGAUCGAAACCAUAUCGGCCGUGGGGUGCCGAAAUGGCCUAUUAA